AUGGCCUCCCUGCAGACCAUGACCAAGAACUUCUCAGGAUGGGUCAUCUUCUGCUGCUGUUGCUGUCUCCCUCUUCUUCUCACCAGCCCUCUGCCUCCGAAAGGGGCAGGAUUGGCUUCUACUGCCCUUCAUGCCUGCAGGCUCAGGAAGAUCAACUUCCAGCAGCCCUACAUCAGGAAUCGCACCUACACCUUGGCUAAAAUGGCCAGGGUCUCGGACCAGGACACAGACAACAGGCUCAUUGGGCAGCAGCUCUAUCUUAACGUCAAGGAAAACAACCGCUGCUACAUGAUGAAAAGGAUUGUGGAGAUUGUAGUGAAAGAUGUCCUCCUCACCGAGGCCAAGGAUCAGUACCCGUACGUUGAGGAGGUGGCACAGUUCUUGGCUUCCCUGACCUCAGAGCUGAGCAGAUGUAAAUUCUCAGGACACAGAGAGCACAUUGAAAAGAACCUGGAAGAAAUGAAGAGCAAAAUGAAAAAGUUGGGAGAGAAUGGAAAGACUAAAGCCAUUGGAGAACUGGAUUUACUGUUUGACUACAUAGAAAAUGCCUGUACUGAUGCCCCAAAGAAAGGAGGGAACAAGAAGAAAAACUGA